GCACCUUGGAUACGCUGACUGACAUCGGCACCUCCCCUCAGUGCAACGUUUCCCCGGUGAGCGAUGCUCCUGUAGCGCACUAACAGAGACUUGUCCAGUUUGUCAGCCACUUUCACUAGAGACAAUAAGUUGAGCGUUACCACUGUUUUCCCAGAGUUUGUGGGUCUGUGACUCCCGAGGCAUGCUUCACGGAUGGCCGACAGUGUUGUGGUCCCUUUGUGAGUCUUUCCACAGUGCUCUCCCCUGGCUGAGGUUCGCUGCAGCUGUGGCUUCUCAAUAGGGCUUAUUGUAGACGCGCGGAGUGUGAGCGAGCAGCGCAGUGAUUGAGCGGAACGGAGGGAAAGACGCCUGUAGUGCAGGGAUGCUCCUGAAUAUGUUUCCUUCACUCAUUCGGGGAGAGCGCGUCUAGAGAGGCUGCGACGUGACGGAAUCCUUCUGCGUAUUCACAAGAACAUUGACAAUUUAUACGCACGCGAAGGACCAAGAGGAAAAGGUUUGAGAGCUUCAACUACAAUCAUCGUUCAUUCCUGUGGUCUCUCCCAUCAAUCACCGGUCAGACGGUCUCUAUCCCCCUACCCGUGCCAGUGCUGAGGGUGGCGCACAGUUUCCCAGGAGCAACAUCUUAGCCUCAAGAUCUCUGGUGCCCGUUCAAUACGGAGGAGUGUACUUUUUUGUUUCCUUUUUUUACGUUCAUCCUUUCAUCCAAAUGAUGCAGAUAGGCUCUGCAGUGUGGACUGGACUGACUUUAAUGACUAUGCUGCUGUUGGCCCAGUGGGAUGUGGGCUGCUGGGGUAUGACUCUGAACUCUGUCCCGCUCCGCCCGGCUUCCCUGAAGCCCAUCAGCGCUAGUCUGGGUGCAUCCCUUCAAAGACACAAGCGCAACUGGGUGUGGAACCAAUUCUUCGUCCUGGAGGAAUACACAGGAGAUGACCCUCUCUAUGUUGGCAAGCUUCAUUCUGAUGUGGACAAAGGUGAGGGCAAAGUGAAAUACGUGCUCACAGGUGAAGGUGCAACCUCCAUUUUCACCAUCGAUGAGAACACAGGCGACAUACACGCCACAAAGCGUCUGGACCGGGAGGAACAGGCCUACUACACGCUGCGAGCUCAGGCCCGAGACCGCGCCACCAACCUGCCAGUCGAACCAGAGUCAGAGUUCGUUAUCAAAGUGCAGGAUAUUAAUGACAAUGAACCCAAGUUCCUGGAUGGCCCUUACAAUGCUCAAGUACCCGAAAUGUCUCCUGUUGGCACAUCUGUGGUUGAGGUUAAGGCAACUGACGCAGAUGAUCCCACAUAUGGAAACAGUGCCAGAGUUGUGUACAGCAUCCUUGAGGGACAACCCUAUUUCUCAGUGGAACCAAAGACAGGCAUUGUGAGGACAGCUCUGCCAAACAUGGAUCGAGAAGCACGGGACCAGUAUCUUCUGGUAAUUCAAGCCAAAGACAUGGUUGGCCAAAUGGGAGGACUCUCAGGCACCACGUCGGUGACGGUCACGCUGACGGACGUUAACGACAACCCACCCCGCUUUUCACGGAAAUCCUAUCAGUUUGCUGUGCCUGAAUCCCUGCCUGUGGCGUCAGUGGUGGCCAAGAUAAAAGCCUUGGAUUCUGACAUCGGACCAAACGCUGAGAUGGACUACAGAAUUAUAGAGGGCGACGGCCUUGGGGUGUUCAGGGUCGCACCAGACAAAGAUACCCAAGAAGGAGUCAUAACUCUGCAGAAGAAUCUCGACUUUGAAACAAAGUCAAGCUACACUCUGAAAAUUGAGGCAUCCAACAGGAACAUAGACCCACGGUUCUUGUCUCAAGGACCGUUCAGUGAUACGGCGAUGGUUAGACUGACUGUGGAGAAUGUAGAUGAGCCUCCUAUCUUCUCCUCUCCGCUCAGUAAAAUGGUUGUCUCUGAAGCGGCUAAAGUGGGAACCAUCAUAGGGACCGUCUCUGCUCUGGACCCAGACUCCACCAAUAGUCCCAUCAGAUAUUCAAUAGACAGAAACACAGACUUGGAGCGAUUUUUCAACAUUGAGUCAACAACAGGAGUCAUCAGCACAGCUAAGCCAUUAGACAGAGAAGCCAAUGCUGUACACAACAUCACCAUCCUGGCUACUGAAAGCUUGGAUCCGUCGCAGGUGGGGAAAGGAGUGGCUCUGAUCACAGUGAUGGACAUUAAUGACAAUGCGCCAGUUUUUGCCAUUGAGUAUGAGACCUUCCUGUGUGAAAACGUUGGGCCAGGACAGGUCAUUGAAACCGUAAGUGCAGUGGAUAAAGAUGAACCACCCAGUGGGCAUCGCUUCUUCUUCUCCCUCACUGCAGAGACAGCUGGGAACAUGAACUUCACCCUCCGAGACAAUAAAGACAAUACCGCUUCUGUUCUAACUAAGCGGAGUGGUUUUCAGAGGAGGGAACAGGCUAUGUAUCGGCUGCCAGUGUUGAUAGUGGACAGCGGGUCCCCUGCCCUCAGCAGCACUAACACGCUGUCUAUUAGAGUGUGUGACUGUGACCCUGAUGGGACGCCCCAGUCAUGUGGCACAGAGGCCUUUAUGCUGUCAGCUGGACUCAGCACCGGAGCUCUCAUCGCCAUCCUGGCCUGCAUCAUCACCCUGCUUGUGCUGGUGCUGCUGAUAGUGACAAUGAGGAGGAGGAAGAAGGAACCUCUGAUCCUGGACGAAGACCGGGAUGUGAGGGAGAACAUUGUGCGCUACGACGAUGAAGGCGGCGGUGAGGAAGACACAGAGGCCUUUGACAUGGUGGCAUUGCGAAACCUCAACGUAGUGAGGGACAGCAAAUCCCGCCGAGACGUCACCCCGGAGGUGCCCACCCUUUACUGCUCCCGGCCUCCCCCUUACAAAAUCACUCCCGACAACGGGAUCUUCCGGGAAUUUAUAUGGGACCGCCUGAAGGACGCCGACGUCGAUCCUUCAGCGCCUCCCUACGACUCCCUGCAGACGUACGCUUUCGAGGGCAGCGGCUCUGUGGCCGAGUCCCUCAGCUCCCUGGACUCCCUGAGCACAGACUCGGAGCAGAACUAUGACUAUCUGAGCGACUGGGGACCUCGCUUCAGGAAGCUAGCCGACCUGUACGGUCACGGCGACAGCAGCAAUAUAUUCUCCUCCUAGCCGGGAUUAAAAUUACUGCCAAGGUCUGCUCAAUCAAGGGCAUAAUGGAAAUGAACAAUGAUCAAGAGUAUACCACUGACUCAUUGAUGCUUGACAGAAGAGGAGAGCAAAAAAAAGGGAACAUUCAAUGCGCAGGGGGGAGAUAUAUCUGCAGAGAGCAGCGGUUUUGAUAACGAAUAGACUGUGGAGAUUCAAGUCGGAAGCACUUCUAUUUAAAUUGCAGUUAGAUGCCAAGUCUGGACUUGGGGUGUGGUUGCAAGCGCCCAAAGAGCGAUCUUCAGGCCCAAGAGAAUAAUGGACGGUGGACCGCAGCACCAUGCGAGCUGGUCCAGGAAUACCAAUUGUUUCUAAGUGACAUUUGAAGUGCUCUCCCCAUGGUUAUAAAUGAGAACAGUGCCAUCCAGCUAGCCAUACAGCAGUGAUGCUCGAAAGAUCAAUGUUUCUGUUCUAUCAGAUGUUUCUAUGACUCAUAGGUUCUUCAAAAAAAAAUCAAUACAAAUUCAGCAACCGAGAGCACCGAUAUCUUUUCCGAACGCAUUGCCUAGUGAGGAUCUGCAGCUGUUGCUUUGUAAAAUAUCCGUUAUGCAUAGCUUCAUAUCUGUUAUCAGGCCUUAGUUCCACAAGAAAAAUUUGGGCCGAGGCGCAUCGCUAUCACAACUCCUGAAGUAUCCUGCAGUUGCGCCGACCAAAAUACAAGUCAAACUCGUAGUGAAUAGACUUUGAUGUAUCAAGCAGGACAGGCCAGAGUGGAUUUAAUCAUUGAAAAUGUAUAGUACUUGCCUUUCAGUUGAUGCUGUCAACCUGAGUUAUUUUGAGAUGUUAUUUUGUAAGUUUGUAGAGAGAACCCUUAUGACAGCGAGCGUUUGAAGGGGAGUCUUUUGUAUUAAGCCUAUUCCUUUCUCGAAAACCUCAGUCUCAGUGGAGAAACUUAAAGCGGCAAAACGUUUUUGUAGUGCUCUAUGCUGUCACGUGUACAGGUUUUUUUUUUUUUCUUUUUGCAGUGGUUCUUGCUGAAUAACUUGUGAGAGCUGUUUGUUUUAAAGCAGGCCUGUUGUUUAUAUGAGUCUGAGUGGCAAAGUGUAAGGGAAAAAAGAAUGUAAAGACAUUAUCCUAAAUAAUAUCUGGCGACGUGUGAAACGGUGUAUAACAUGCAGACAACACACUACAGUAUAUUCAAUGUUUAGCUGUUGUCUGACAGGUUAUUAUCAUGAUUUUGAAUUGUAAUGAUAUAAAAUGACAUUCUAAAGCUGGGAGGACAUUUUGUACAGAUUUUUGUAAUAAAGCACACAAAUUGCAGCACACAGUGUGGCCAUUUCCUGACGACUGCUUUCAUUCAUUCGGACAUCCCGACGGUGCAUAUAUUGAUGUGGGGAUCUUACUGCUAAAUUGGCUGCUUUUGUUUGUGGAACAGGGUGGUUUGCACACAGACAUGAUAUGUAAUCAAGGCUAGCGGAGAGAGAGCCAACGGGGCUUUGAGUUUGAUGAAUGACACCAAGCUUGUCAGAGCAUUUAAAAGGCCUCAGCGAAAUUAGCCUCUGAAAGAGGAGAUUGAUGAUUCAGUUAGUGAACGCAAGCAUACUUCCAGAAAUACGAUCACGCGUCUAAGCGCGGGCAGACUGGGUGUGCGACGACAUGGUCGGACGUGAAGCUUAGCCUAUAAAUUGUCUCGCCUGGGCUAGUUAGAUCCCUCCAAUGAGCCUAGUCUCGCUGUCGAGCUCGUACACAGCUUGACGUGUUAGGAUGGCAGUCUUUCCACGAACGCCUGUUGCAGCCUGGCCUGCGCUAUCACAGUGUGAGAUAGCUGUGAUCUGUUCUGAGUCAUAAAACAUGUUCCAUUUUAGUUUCUUCCCCAACAAAUUCUGGCACUCAGAUAGAUGCUGUAAACUGUUUUUCAGAUGGCAUAAGCGUUUGGAGAUUGAAUCUCAGUGUCCAAACAAUACACGCUUUCAAUUUGUCACUUUGUUCACAUGCUCAUCAGCUGUGGUUGUGCCUGUCAACAUCUGAGAUAUAAGUUUGAUUUGAAUUAUAUGGGAUAUUUUGUAUCUUGCCCAGUCUGUAUGAUUAUAAAGUGAUCAUUUUACGCCGUCGAUAAUGGAUUUGGCUUUCAACGCAAGUGAUUACUUGUCAUUUUGUUUGUUUAUCUGACUAAGGGUAAUAAAGACUGAGAAUACUGUCUGUGAUCAUUAGAGGGAAGCUGCUAUCAGAAAGCAAAUGUAAUUAUUUGUUAACUGGCUCACUAAAUGAAAACUAAAAGGGCAAUUGAAAUCUCGUUUGACUUGGCACUAAGUAAUAAUAAAUACAGUUUUAAUUAAGCAAGUCACUGCAGCGAGCAGAUAAUGCAAACAAAGGAGGAUAGGGUCACCCCGUCAUUGUUCUCUUUACAGAUAUCAGACUCUAUAACACAUAUAUCAAAGGGACUGAAAAUCAAUGUCGCUUUUGAUUCUGUUUACUUUUACAAACUGGCCACUAUUUGGGAUUACGGAUGUUAUUAGGAAAUGAUCUCAUAAGGAACUUAAGAGGAAUGCUGGGCUUGUUACAAGUGGCUUAAUGAAACAUACUGGUGCUCUUUUGAAUAGAAAAAAUCAUUCAUUCACUGCUUCAAGAUCUCAAGCAGACCUUCAUCAUUUAUUCAGAAUACUUAUAAGAACAGCUCUGAAUAGAAAGCUCAUCCUGUUCUCUGUUUCCUUUUUAUUUACUUCACAAUGAGUUAUGUCUUUUCUUAAUGGCUUCACAUUAAUUACCAUUAAGUGUAAUGUGAACUCAGUGUCAGGCUGAGAGCGAAUGCCUGGUUGUCUAAGUGGCCUUUCCUUUCUGAACCAAGGAGAUGAAGGCUUAUCUUUAGUAUGGCUGACAAUCAAUGACCUGAUGUUCAACAGCUUCUUCUCAAAGACCUGAUGUACAGAGACACAUGUUCAUGUUUGUAAAGGAAACCACUUCAAUUUAUAUGCAUCAUUUUUAAUAAAAUAAAUAUUGUUUCAAUGUGA